AUGUCAACACUAUACACACUAUAUAUGCAUGAGCAUACAACAACUGUCGUACUCGGACAGAUAUGGGAUGGGAUCCACUCGGAUGGAUGGAUACCUGCUGAUCCAAACUCUUCACUUUGCUUCGCUUUGCAUCGCUUUGUCUUACAGGGCUAUGGAUUGCUAGUAGUAGCUUGCAAGACACAGACACAGACGCAGUCGAUCCCUGUCAAUCAAGUUAUCAACUCGACCGACCUCCAACCCCGCUUGUCGAGUGCUGCUGCGCUUGCAGCUUUGUCUGCAUGGCAUAUCAAACCAAACUCUUCAUCAACAACGAGUACAUCCCCUCCACAUCCAACGAAACCCUCUCCAUCUACAACCCCCUUCGACGAGACGCUCGUCGUCGAAGACGUGCAUGUCGCUGGUCCAGAAGACGUUGACUUUGCCGUCGACGCUGCCGUGGCAGCUUUCAAGACGGGUCCAUGGGGAACGACCUUCUCAGCAACAAAAUGCGCUGAGAUCAUGCUCAAGCUUGCCGAUCUGAUUGAUGCGCAUGCCGCACGGCUCGCGCGCCUCGAGAGCCUGGCCAUGGGCCAGCCGCUUUCCCUCGCCACGGCGGUCGUCGGCCAGACGGCGUCUUAUUUCCGGUACUAUGCCGGUUUCGCGGAUAAGAUACCGGGGCAGGUCUUUCCUGAUGACCACGGCGCGGAGGACGGCGGCGGUGGCGUGUACAAGAUCGUCCAGUGCAGUCCGCUAGGUGUCUGCGCGGGUAUCGCCUCGUGGAACUUUUCCUUUCUCUACGUCGGGUGGAAAAUCGCGCCUGCGAUCGCAGCAGGGAAUACGUUCGUCUUCAAAGCGUCUGAGAAAAGCCCCCUCGGGAUACUGGCCCUAGGCGAGUUGAUCGUGCAAGCGGGCUUCCCGCCUGGCGUCGUAAAUUUCGUCUCUGGAGGCGCCAUAACAGGGCAUCUGCUUGCAUCGCACAUGAAGAUCGCCAAGGUCGCGUUCACGGGCAGCGUGGCGACAGGCCGCAAAGUGCAGGUGGCAGCCGCAAAAUCAAACCUGAAGAAAGUCUCCCUUGAGCUAGGCGGCAAGUCUGCCGCGCUGGUCUUUGACGACGCAGACCUUGAUACCGCGCUGACGGCGAAUUCGCAGGCCUUCCUGCUCAACUCGGGCCAGGUGUGCGCGGCACUGUCGCGGGUGCUGGUGCAGGAGAGCAUCGCUUCGGCGUUCAUCGACGGGCUGAAGGCGCGGUUCCAGGCGCUCAGCAACACGCUGGGCGAUCCGCUCGACGCGCAGACCUUCCUGGGGCCGGUGGCCGAGCGGGCGCAGUUCGAGCGCGUGAUGAGCUUUCUGGACGAGGGGAAGAAGACGAACCUGGACUUUGCGGUAGGCGGAGACCGCAGUAGUCGUCAUGAGAGAGGAUUCUUCGUCGAGCCGACGCUGGUCGUCGACCCGCCUGUGACCAGCAGGCUGUACACGGAGGAGAUCUUUGGGCCGGUGCUGGUUGUCAAGACGUUCAGGACGGAGGAGGAGGCGAUUGCGUUGGCGAACGACACGGCAUAUGGGUUGGCAGCCGCCGUCUACACGACCAACAUCUCGCGCGCCCUGCACGUGAGCAAGAGACUCGAAGCCGGCGCGGUGGGCGUCAACAUGGUCUUCCAGCCCACGCCGCAGCUGCCGUUCGGCGGCGUGAAGCAGAGCGGUUACGGCAGAGAGGCUGGCGAGGAGGGCAUCCGCGAGUAUCUCGAGACGAAAAGCAUUACCAUAAGCCUCAGUCAGGUGACAAGGACAAGACUGGACGAAGCAUGCAAAGCUAUGACUUUCGACUGUGCUAAGAUUCUGAUCAUAUAUAUUAGCAAAUUAGAACAGUGA